ACACACUUCCAAUACAAUCGCGAAGUUGUCAGUUACAAUCAAUCCGCGACCUAUCCAAACAAGUUGCUAAAUAAAUAGAAUGCAAGAAGAAGCAAUGUUGAACCUUCGCUGGGAUCUCUUCUCGUCUCAACUAGCCACAACCCUCGACACUUGCUACGAGAAACAAUACUUCGUUGAUUCGUCACUGUGAAAAAUGAUCAUCCCCAUCCGAUGAUUGUACUCCACGAUAUCGAGGCCGAUGAUUUAAAGACAAUCGUCAAUUUCAUGUAUUGCGGGGAGAUUGAGGUGGUGAAGAGCGAGGUUAGAAGAUUGCUGAAAAUAGCGGAAAUCCUCGAGAUUUCGGGGCUCAAGGAUAUCCGAUCGUCCGCACAGUUUCAAAAGACCUAUGCGGCCGAAUUGGCCCCAUUUUUGCCGGAAAAUUUGUCAGAGUCGAAAAUUUCCAGGAAUAUUGAGACUCCACCCGCCACCUCCUGCAAACCGUAUUAUUUUCGACGGAGGUGUCACGAAAUUCCGAGAAAUGCCGAGACAGCGGAAAAAGUUAACUUUCUUCCGAGAGUAAAUAGCAAACAAAUAACAACGACACUGAGCCUCAAGGAGACAUCGCCGGAUUCUAAUGAUGGGAAUAACAGGGCCAGCAGCAGAGGGGACUCGAGAGAGUCGCAAAUGUCUGAUAAAAAUAGUCAAAAGCGUGCGUCGAGUGAAAACUGUCAAUACCUCAAAAAAUUGCGUCUUCUAGGGGAAAUCGAUAUCAUUCGGUGUUCAGAAUCGGACGAGACUUCCCCGACGCAGCAGACGGGGGAUUUAGAGGCCUCUGCUGUUCUCGAUCAGCCGGAAAAUUACGGAGUUUUUAUCAAGAAUGAAAUCGACAUUCCGUUUGACGUUGGGAAUUUAGCGAAUGUUGGAAAUGUCGAGAGGAUAGUUAAAAAGAAAUUGGGCUCUUCGUCCGGCAUUGAAAUUUUCAAGGCGCAGCCGAAGGGAUUCAUCGACUCAAUGCCCGGGCCCAGCAGGAGCGAGUCUCUGAGCCCGCGAUCUAGGAAUUCCGUGGAUUCCUUUUAAAUAUAAAAACUAGAAAAUAUGAAUUUCCACGUUUUUUGAAUAUUUUUUAUGAAUAUUUUGAUCAAUAAAAAUACGGAGGAGGGGAAUUCUCUUGCGUUACCAUGGAGAUUAUUGAAAUUGAUUAAACUGACAUUUAUUGGCACAUUUGGCCACUGAUAGCAGUCGAGAUUCCAAAGCUGAAGGAAAAUGGAGCUUCCGAUGAACGAAAAGCAAAAUGUACAAAAUUUCUGCGCAGAGGAAGAAUUUCAAAAUGUCAUGCAGAGAGGAUAAUUAAAAAAAAAAUUGGACUCUUCGUCCGGCAUUGAAAUUUUUAAGGCGCAGCCGAAGGGAUUCAUCGACUCAAUGCCCCAGCAGGAGCGAGUCUCUGAGCCCGCGAUCUAGGAAUUCCGUGGAUUCCUUUUAAAUAUAAAAACUAGAAAAUACGAAUUUCCACGUUUUUUGAAUAUUUUUUAUGAAUAUUUUGAUCAAUAAAAAUACGGAGGAGGGGAAUUCUCUUGCGUUACCAUGGAGAUUAUUGAAAUUGAUUAAACUGACAUUUAUUGGUACAUUUGGCCACUGAUAGCAGUCGAGAUUCCGAAGCUGAAGGAAAAUGGAGCUUCUGAUGAACGAAAAGCAAAAUGUACAAAAUUUCUGCGCAGAGGAAGAAUUUCAAAAUGUCAUGCAGCGAGUGAUGGAAAUGGGUGGAGGAUGUCGAGAGGAUAAUUUAAAAAAAAAUUGGACUCUUCGUCCGGCAUUGAAAUUUUUAAGGCACAACCGAAGGGAUUCAUCGACUCAAUGCCCGGGCCCAGCAGGAGCGAGUCCUGAGCCCGCGAUCUAGGAAUUCCGUGGAUUCCUUUUAAAUAUAAAAACUAGAAAAUAUGAAUUUCCACGUUUUUUGAAUAUUUUUUAUGAAUAUUUUGAUCAAUAAAAAUACGGAGGAGGGGAAUUCUCUUGCGUUACCAUGGAGAUUAUUGAAAUUGAUUAAACUGACAUUUAUUGGCACAUUUGGCCACUGAUAGCAGUUGAGAUUCCGAAGCUGAAGGAAAAUGGAGCUUCUGAUGAACGAAAAGCAAAAUGUACAAAAUUUCUGCGCAGAGGAAGAAUUUCAAAAUGUCAUGCAGCGAGUGAUGGAAAUGGGUGGAGGAUGUCGAGAGGAUAAUUUAAAAAAAAAUUGGACUCUUCGUCCGGCAUUGAAAUUUUUAAGGCACAACCGAAGGGAUUCAUCGACUCAAUGCCCGGGCCCAGCAGGAGCGAGUCCUGAGCCCGCGAUCUAGGAAUUCCGUGGAUUCCUUUUAAAUAUAAAAACUAGAAAAUAUGAAUUUCCACGUUUUUUGAAUAUUUUUUAUGAAUAUUUUGAUCAAUAAAAAUACGGAGGAGGGGAAUUCUCUUGCGUUACCAUGGAGAUUAUUGAAAUUGAUUAAACUGACAUUUAUUGGCACAUUUGGCCACUGAUAGCAGUUGAGAUUCCGAAGCUGAAGGAAAAUGGAGCUUCUGAUGAACGAAAAGCAAAAUGUACAAAAUUUCUGCGCAGAGGAAGCA